AUGGCAUUAGCUGCUAUUUUGAGGCCACGGUGCUCAAUAGUGGCUUUUACUAUUGAGUUAAUACACCAUAGUUGGGAGACCAUUCCCGUGGAGUGUUUCAAGUAUAGUAGCUCGUCUUUAGCUACGGACAACAUGGUUAGAUAUGGUGUACAACCUAGGUUUUUGGAGGUGUAUACAGGUAGAGCUUCAAUAUAUAUGAAUAAAGUGCUUAUGGUGUGGCAAGGAAGCUCCUCGUAUCUAUCACACCGAGACUACUGUUUCUGUCUGACUUUCACAAAACUUGGACAGGUUGGAUUUGAUGGUUUUGAUGAUUUUGAUGAUUUGUAUAGGCCAGGGUGCUCAAUAGUGGCUUUUACUAUUGAGUUAAUACACCAUAGUUGGGAUACCAUUCCCGUGGAGGGUUUCAAGUAUAUAGUAGCUCGUCUUUAG